AUGAUAUUACAAUAGAAAUAAGUAUUGAAUGAUAACCAUUUGCACUCCCUCAUUUAUAAAGGAGAAACCGACAUGCAUAUCUUGGAUACACUCUCCAUUGCUAAUUAUCAUAGUCCAGAUCCAUAAAUCAGGGAGUACCUAUUGAAAACAGCCAAACAACUUUAUAAGUCAGACUCAGAACUGCCAAAACUAUUACAAAGAUUUGAAUUGACUCUAAACAUCAUAGAAACUCAAUAGUUCAAUGCUAAGUAAUACUUAUCAUUGUAUGCUACCAUAAUGAGAACGAAAAUCAAGGAAUUUUACACUAACUAAAGAUUUCAGUUGUUUUGUAAUGUUUAUGUUCCCACCAAAUUUGCUAGAACAAUAUAUGUAUUUUGUUAUAAUCCUUCCCUCACUGGCUAUAUUGCCCUUAUUAAAAGUGUAUAGAUGACAAGUUUGAUUGCAAUGGAGGAAAUGUUAUCUCAAAUUGAUAAUAAAGAAAAGGAACAAUUUUAUACAUUUGAUGAUUUAUUCGAGGAUGUAUUGAUUUCCAUUCAUGCUUAGAAAACUGUCCCCAUAAUCAAUAUGACUCCAGAAAAAGAGCAAUAGAAACCGUUUGUCAGAAGACAUAAAAAGUCCUUAUCGGAACAUCAAAUAUUUGAUUUUUAGAGAGAGUAAAAAUAGUCAUAGAUCUUUUCACAAUUGCAAUCAUUUCAAUAAGAUCAACCUUUUUAUUUUACUUAGACCAAACCAUAGUCAUUUCUAUAGGAUGACUACUAAUUCCCUUCUUUGGAUUAAAUAAACUCUGAAAAAAACAAUUUAGCAUCUUCAGAUGAAUAGAAGAGAGGAUAGAUGCUUAUAAAUCAACUAGAUUAACAACUAACUUAUAAUCUUUAUCAGUAGAAAUUAGAAGAAGUUCUUCCUGACCCUGAUGACUUUGACGUGUUUCCAACUUUAGAAAUGAAUUCAGCCAUUGGUUUUACACCUAUAAAUAAAUUACAGCAGCAUAGUGACUAAAAGAAACAGAUGGCAAAUCCAAUCUACACAGGGAGAUUAAAGUUUUUUGAUGAAUAGAAAAACUAUGGAUUUAUUGUUAUGGAUGAAGAUAAGUCUGAUAUUUUUGUUCACUUAGAUGAUUUAUAAAAGGCUGGUGUAACAAAGGAGGUCUUGAAAACUGCUAAAUUGGGAUCCUAGAUUAGAUUUUAAUUUAAUUGCAUGGUCUAUGUUGGAAAGUAUAAAAGGUCUAGAAAGGCUGUUGAAUUGAAAUUACUAAGCAACUAACAAGCAAACAACUUAAAAGGAUAUUAAUGA